AUGGAACCAGGAGCCUCCGCUCUUUGGAGCGGCCAGGCGCCUUCGCCCGAGAAAUCCUCCCAACUCUUGAUCCGCGACUAUCCUCACCGCGCCAUCGCCAUCGUCUCCAACGACCACGCCCUCAUCUUCCGCCAUAGCCCUACCACCAGCGAGGCCAUCGCCAAUGGCUCCCUCACAUCUGUCCCCUCUGCCCGACCCCGAGCUGGCACCGGUGGCAGCCUAUCCGACAGCCACGCGCCCAAGUGUAUGGUGGAGUUCACAACGGUGACCAAGAAGACGCUCAGCGAGUACAGGCCUCUGACGUCACGGCCGAUAUACGGGACCUUGGGCCUGAUCUCGGUUGGCCGCGAUGUCUUCUUGAGUGUCAUCACGCACGCCUCGAGGGUUUCUACCCUGCGGCCGGGCGAGACCAUUGAAAGAAUCCUGGCGGUCGAGUUUUACGGUCUCAACACCUCCGAGUACGACGACGUCUUCUCCUCCAUCGAUCCAUACGAGCUUGAGAUGUCGGACAAUGCCUCGAUCUAUGGUCAGACCCUGAACAGGAGGGAAGGGGGCGUGGAGCACCCCUGCUCGGACGUGCAGAAGCUAUUGAGCAACGGGAGCUUCUACUACAGCACCGAUUUCGACCUCACGAAUCGGCUGCAGGACAGGCCGCCGGAUGCGAAUACCUUCGACAUUGACAACUUCGACGAGGGCUUUCUGUGGAACUCGUACAUGAUCAACCCGCUGGUUCAGUUUCGGUCGCGGCUGAUGCAUCACGAGAGAGAAAGUCUUGACCAGUCGCGGAUCCUGACCUCAGCCAUACGAGGGUUCUGCCUGACCAUGACGAUUCCUCAGUCAGUUGCCCCUCUACGGCCGGCCAAGACAGGCAUACCGUCCUACCUAACAAUCAUAUCUCGACUGUCCUGUCGGCGAGCCGGGACACGAUUCAACUCGAGGGGCAUCGACGACGACGGCAACGUGGCCAAUUUUGUGGAGACAGAGACGAUCUACUGGAGCCCAUCAGGCAUCUUGUUCUCCUAUGCACAGGUUCGAGGCUCAGUGCCUGUGUUCUGGGAGCAGGCGGCAGGACUGCUCCCAGGCCAGCAAAAAAUCAGCAUCACGCGAUCGCCCGACGGCACGCAGCCAGCCUUCAAUAAACACUUCUCAGAUCUGGAACAUAACUACGGGGCAGUUCAUGUGGUUAACCUGCUUAGCGAGUCGAAGCCCGGCGAGGUCGAGCUUAGCCAGCUGUACCGCUACGGGAUUAAACACUGCCCACUGAGUCGACCGGGCGACAAACGGUCGGAGGAGCAUGCUUUGCUGAAAAUAACAGAGUAUGAUUUCCAUGCUGAAACAAAAGGACCUACCGGCUACGAGGCUGCCAAGGGGAUCCGUCGCUAUAUUGAGAACUCAGCAGAGGGUUUUGCAUAUUAUCUGGCGGUGGAAACAGACAGCCCUGGUGAACAAGCAAACGGCACACCUCACACCGACAGGCGUUACGUGGUUUUAUUGCAACAAGAAGGUGUCUUCCGGACAAACUGUCUCGACUGCUUGGACCGCACGAACCUCAUUCAGACCCUCGUGUCUCAACUGGCUGUCGAGGCAUUCCUAGGCCAUCGCGGAGAGUCUGCGCCGCCCGAUUUCUGGAUGAGACACUCAAGUCUAUGGGCCGACAAUGGAGACAACCUAUCGCGAAUCUACGCCGGCACCGGGGCCUUGAAGUCUUCCUUUACACGCCACGGAAAGAUGUCUCUGGCCGGAGCCAUCGCGGACGCCCGCAAAUCUGCAACACGGCUGUACAUCAACAACUUUACGGACAAGCAGAGGCAAACUACCAUUGAUAUGCUCUUGGGCCGGCUGGUAGGACAGUCGCCGGUAUCUCUUUAUGACCCUAUCAACGACUAUGUCAACGGGGAGCUGAACAGACGCGGUGCGGAGUUCUCGUCGACCGAGAACAUCAGGAUCUUGGUUGGGACUUUUAAUCUGAACGGCCGGACCGAUGGCAUAGAUGAAGAUCUCUCUUCGUGGCUAUGUCCCGAGGUGACCGGGACAAGCCAGCCCGAAAUCGUUGUCGUUGGGUUCCAAGAGAUUGUCGAGUUGAGUCCACAACAGAUCAUGAAUAGCGAUCCUACAAGGAAGCAGCUGUGGGAACAUGCUGUGCGCAAAUGUCUCAACACCCGAGCCCAACAGAUCGGUGGCGAGAAGUAUGUGCUGCUACGAAGUGGCCAGCUCGUUGGGGCGGCGCUUUGCAUCUUUGUGCGGGCGUCAGUCCUGUCGAACAUCAAGAACGUGGAGGGCUCGGUGAAGAAGACUGGUCUGUCUGGCAUGGCUGGCAACAAGGGUGCAGUGGCGAUCAGAAUGGAUUUUGCAAACACUCACAUCUGCUUCGUCACCGCACAUCUGGCCGCCGGCUUUGCCAACUACGAUGAAAGGAACAAGGACUAUGCAACGAUCAGUCAUGGACUGCGCUUCCAGAGAAACAGAGGCAUUGAUGAUCACGAUACCGUUGUCUGGCUCGGCGAUUUCAAUUAUCGCAUCGGGCUGUCCUGGGAGCGAGCCACCGAGCUGGUCCAACAAAAGGAUCUCGAGCGGCUGUAUGAGAAUGACCAGCUGAACCUGCAGAUGGUUGCUGGUCUAUCCUUCCCAUUCUACUCCGAGGCUCGCAUCACUUUCAUGCCGACAUACAAGUUCGACAUUGGUACCGACAACUACGAUUCAUCAGAGAAGCAACGUAUUCCAGCCUGGACCGACCGUAUUCUGCGCAAAGGGCCCAAUCUUCGUCAAUUAGCGUACAACUGCGCACCACUCAAGUUCUCGGAUCAUCGGCCCGUAUAUGCCCUCUUUGAGUGCCAAGUGAGCAUCAUCAACGAGGCGCAGAGGGACAAGAUCAGCCGCGAGGUGUACCUGAGGCGCAAGGCCGAGGUUGGACAUGCCACAGCCAAUGACAAUACCGAGGAUACUGAGGAUGAAGACUUGAUUGGCUACGAUGCCAUCGAGCCAGGCCUGCCUCCUGCCAGCUCUGAUCGCCAGAAGUGGUGGCUGGACAAUGGGAAACAAGCCCAAUCCACCAUCACGCCGCCGAAACCAUUGGACAGUUCCACAUCGACGAUCCUCAACCCUCGUCGAACACCUAAUCCUUUUGGUCCAUCAGAUGAGCCUGACUGGGUCACAGUGCCACGGGCAGACUCUCGAUUGUCAUCCUACUCAAGCAUGUCUACGUCGCCGUACGAACACAUCAACCACUCUACCUUCCUACCAUCCCUCUCCUCAUCCGUUUCGAGCACACCUCCGCAGCGGAAGCUGCCUCCCCCUUACGACCCGUCAGCUCUCCCCUCCAAGGUGGGAAGAAUGACGAUGAAUGACGAGCAACCUCAAGCUCUGCAGUUUAAGAAAGUAGACGCACCACCAGCACCACCACCUAGGAGGGCGACCGGUCAAAAUCUAUAUUUCCCGCCACCGCCAAACCAAACUCCUGUGCCUGCGGUCGGCAGCGUUAUGAGAAAGCCGGCGCCGGCGCCGCCUGCCCCUCGGUCAGUCUCUGCUGCAUCGUCUACGUCCCAGAAUACAGCCAAAGGGCCACCGCCCGCUGUGGCGAAGAAGCCGGCACACCUG